CCUGUUUCUCAGGUAAAUUAAUCUGCGACAACAAAAAGCCACAAAACACGGAAGUGAGUCGUUCUUCCUCCCGCAGCUGACAAACUUCACAAGGUUUAACUUCGAGUCCAGAACUUCAGAAACGGUUUUUACCUUUGGACUCUUUCCAAUCCUUCUUCAGAUCCACGUUACAUUAAGAUGAACCAGCGUUUCGGGGCCAGUCUGCUGGCGGCCUGGUUCUUGGUCUGUGCCGUUCUGGCUCAGGACUGUGACUGGGACCAGUCAACUGAUCCGGAUCAGGGUCUGGACCCGGCCUCCGUGGACGCCGGAACGGUAAACCUGACCCGGCUCGCGGACGUGUCGGACCCGGAGAGCUGCCGGGCGGCGUGCUGCGCAGAGCCGGACUGUGACCUGGCCCUGGUCGGUUACCCGGCGGACGGAGGGCCGCAGUGCAUGCUGGUGAGCUGCGUGAUCCGGGGCCAGGACGUGUGCGUCCUCGAGCCCAGCACACAGUUCAAGGUUUACCGCAAGGCCACGACAGAGACCCGCACGGAAGCCAAGGAGGACGGGGAGAGCCCGCACGUCGUCCCGCUGCUGGGAUCCUUGGAGCCGAGGACCAACAUGACCAACAACAUUCGUUGUCGUCUCCCGAUGAAGGUGGGGUCGUGUCGAGCGGCCUUCCCCAGGUUUUACUACGAUGUGAUCAAUCAGAGCUGCCACAGCUUCAUCUACGGCGGCUGCGAGGCCAACGAAAACCACUUUGAGUCGCAGGAGGACUGCGAGGCCACCUGCAGCGGAGUCACAGGUUCAGUUCUUCCUGAUGAGUCGACUCAGGUGUCCCAGGAAUCUGAAGGACCAGUUGAGUCUGAACCAGCUGAUACAGAGUCAGAAAAGUCAGCAGAAGACUUCGCAGAGUACUGUGGGGCGGAGCCUGAUGUGGGUCCCUGCAAGGCAGCGUUUCCACGCUGGUACUACAACAGUGAGACGGGUAGCUGUCAACCAUUCAUCUACGGAGGCUGCAGAGGAAACAAGAACAACCACAUGAGCAAGGAGAGUUGCAUCGCUGCAUGUACAGUCACUGUGCUUCGCUCGUCCAAGAAAGCCUCCAGCGAUGACGUUGCUGCAGAACACAAAGCUCGCUGCAUGGCGACCCCUGACCCCGGGCCCUGCCGCGCCGCCUUCCUCAUGUUCUACUACGACCCCAAAACCGAAACCUGUCAGUCAUUCACCUAUGGGGGUUGUCACGGCAACCAGAACCGCUACGGCACCGUGGAGGAGUGUAUGACCCGCUGUAGCGGAAACGGUUGGGUUGAAGGUCACGGCAGAGGUCGUAACCGCUGGACUGCAGCCGUCUUCCUCUUCGUCACUCUGGCAGCCGUCUCUGCUCUGCUGCUGGCGGCGCUCAUCAUCAUCACGCUGAGGCGUCACAGUCUGUCCCGCCGUCCGUCUUACAUCAGUGAUAAGGAGGAGCUGCUGCCAGAACCAGAUGAGCACUCCUCCAUGGAGUCCCUGACCGUCCCCGAGAGCCCCAAACCGGACAAAAUCUGAGGGGCGCGCCUGGAUUCACCCGGGGUCACUGAGGGUCGGGGUUUGUUUUAAGAGAUGCUCCCCCUCAGAACUGAUUUUAAAGAUGUUCUUCCUGUGAUUUGGUCCAGUCAAAAAAAAAAAAACCAAGUUCCCGACUUCAGAGGAGGCUGUGUCUGAUCUCAGGAAGAACGUGUGGAUUCAGUUCUGAGGUGGAUCUCUCACCGUGUGAUCUGUGUUAGGAGAGCUAACAAACUGUUAAACACCUGUCAAACUUUUAUUUUCUUUCUGGAACAGAUAUAACGUGUUAAUCAGAGAGCUUUCCCUUUGGCCAGCCAGGCUAGCGGUUUUCCCGUCUUUAUGCUAAGCUAACUAGCUGCUGGCCGUAGUAUCGCCGUGAGUCUGAGAGGAUUUCACUGAAGUGUUCCUUUUUUAAGAUGUCUUCCGAUUAGUGAAACAUGGUCGCGGAGCAGAACAUGCGUCUGAUCUUGAACCUUUUUAUUAUUAAUAUAUAACUCUGUAGUUUCUGCUUUUAUUUUCCUCAGUGUUUAAGUGUUAGCAUUGAUUCAAUUAUAAGUUACUAAAUAUGAUGAAUUUAAUCACUAACUUUUGAAUUCAUUUAUUAAGUAGAACUUUAAUUUCUACAGAAGGAAGAUUUGCUGCUGUCUUUAAUCGUUACUGUGUGUGAUAUGAUCACUUUGACCUCUGGUGGUGAUCUGACUUCACUUUUUAUAUUUCAUGAAUUAAACAAUUCUAUUGUGUAA